AUGUUGCUAAAACUCGUGAACCUGCUUUCCGCGUUUGCCCCUGAAGGUCUCCAAGUGACGAUCAGCGCGCGGCGCGCGACAUGCAUCUUGACGAACGACGCGGGCUACUGGCCUCAGGAGAAGACUUCCCAGCCUCGAGCGGAUGCGGCGUCAGCGUCGCCUUUCUCUGCGUCUUCCUCGCUGGACGCGUCUGCCUCCGGCGAAGGCCGCGAGCCGAGCAGCGACGAAGCGCAGGAUGUGGAAGACCUCGCGGCCGCCAGCUCCCCCCCCUCCAGUGUCUCGGCGGCGAGAGAGCCUUGCAGCGACCGCGAAAAGACGAGCUUCUCCUUCGCCUCCGUUUCAGGGUCUUCGAGCCGGCCGGGCGUGUCUGCCUUCUUCGAGGCCCUGCCCGUGGCGACUGAAUCGAUGCUGAUGCGGGCUAUGGGUGCCUCCGUGGAAGAGGCGGCGAGGCGGUUUUCUCCUGUGAAUGGCAAAUGCGGCUUCCUCGUCCAAGAAAUAGUCGACGCCUCGUUGCAGGUUUACUCCAGAAAGCGCGUUUUCUCGGAGAGCGCCACUGUGGGCGAGGAGACGCCGCGCAGACCCUCCACUUCCCCCGACGCGGCGGGCGUCCAGGAAGGCGCGCGCGAAGGAGAGAAAUCCCGGACAGCCUCGCCCGUCGCCACGCUCGCAGGAGAUGCAGAAGAGAGGCAACAGGACGUGAGAGACCCUGAGGGCGAGGGCGGCGAACGCGAGCGCCGCCGGCAGGAGGGGUCUCGAGGCGCGACGACGCGACGACAGGUUGACAGAGAAGAGAGGGAGAUGACGAGCGAUGACCAGCCAGAGUCCAGCCAGACGGACAGCGAGAUGAAAAGCGAAGGCCUCCUCGCGGCUUCCGAGGCGCCCGGACAGAGAAGGGAGAAUCCAACGAUCCACGCUGCGUCAGACAUCGAAGCCCUGAGGCAGUCGCAACGCGGCGAAACGCCGGAAGCCCAGACUUCAGCACCCGAUCCAGCGGGCGAUGACUGGCGCGGCGAGGGAGAGUGGGACUUUCGGUAUUUGUCGCCCGACAAAGCGGGCGUUUUGAAGGCGCCGCCGAUUCUCUGGCUCUCCCAUCUCACUGAGAUGUGGCCGCGGGCGUUUGAAGCCAGUUGCCUCUCGGAGCUGGCGGGCAACAACGACGCUUUGCUCGAGCUGUGUGGGCUCCUUGAAACGGCGCUUCGCCCGGCGCGAGACCGAUGUGACGAGGGCAGCACACUUGGCGCCGGUGCAGCCUCCGCGAAGAAACCCCGAAACGCCUUUUCACUUUUGAUGAACCGCCAGAAAAAAGGUGACGCAGACGGUGGCGGCGCAGGGCGCCGCGUGGCGCCGGCGAGGAGGCGAGAGGAGGAGAAACAGAGGCAGAGAGAGGAAGACAGACCGAGAGUGAUUGUGGUGUCCAUGCCUCCGGCAUGCGGGGGUGACCGCCUCCUCGACCUGCUCUGCUACGCCUUCGGAUACCAGGCAGUCCGCGAACACAAGCUGCGAGAGGAGAAGCGCAUCGACGGGCUCUUCUUGUCCAUGGCGAUGGUGAGCGCUCAGGCUCGUGCCAGCCAGCAACGCCACCAGGCGGAACAAGCCCAGGCGGAUGCGGCGGCUGUGGUCAUCUCCGAUGAGGAGAAAGCAACGGCAGAUCCUUCUACCAUCUCGUCCGCAAAGCCUUGCUCGAAGCUCCGCGCUGAGACGCCGCCCCUCGCUUCUAAAGCUCCUCGCGCUGCAGCGUUUGGAGAGGCAUCCAGCCAGGCACACGCAGGGAGAGAGGACGGAGGAAAAACGCCUCUCCGAGGACUCGGCGAAGAGACAGGCGACGUUGCCACCGGACAUGUGCCCUCGCUGCCUCUGCCGCGGCUCAGCGUGUACGACUGGUGGAGCCUGUGCAAAACCGACCAGAAGAAGCUGCUGCAGAGGAAGCCGCGGAAGCAGGCGCCUGGACGAGGCGAAGAACGCACCCGCAGCCCGCCGAUCCUCUGUGUCGCGCGCUGGAGAGAGGGAGAAGACGAAUGCGCGGCGAGGGAGGCUGUGAACGCGGCCAUCGACGACGCCCUCAGCGUAUCCGUGGGGAGGGGAAAGCGAGGCGGCGGCAGCGACGAAGAUGACGACGAGUUCCGAGACACGGAGGCGCUCAGGAGAGGCAUUCGAAUCGUCGGGCUGCUACCUCCCCCGAAAGAGGCCCUCGUACAAAGAGUUCUCGCGAUCGCGACGGCUGCCGUCGGGGCUCCUGUGGACCGCGCCCUGGUUGAGUUGCUCUUCGCGAGCAGUGGGAACGGCCACCAGGCCCCCGGCUCUGCGGAGGCGGCAGCCCUCUCGGGCAUCCUGCACACGCUCCACCUCAUCACGCGAACGCACGCGAACUCGCGGCUGCUUCAUGCGGCGUACCAGUACGAGACGCAGCGUCAGGCAGAGGUGCAGCACAGAGAGCUCGCUUCCUGCUCGCCCUCAGCUGCGCGUCUGUCCUCCCCAGAGGAGGGGUCAGUGCCUUGCCCGCAACAGAGGGGUGGCUCACCGCUCAGUCUGCCGCCUGUGUCUUGGUACGAGGCAGAGCCGGACUACUGCAGAAGAGAGGACAGCGGAGAUGCCGGGGGAGGAUCCGCGCGUGACGCGUCAUCCGCGCACUCGACGCAAAGCCGGCUCGCGCGCAUCGUUCAGAACUUCGUUCUGCCGCCUUUGGAGCGACCGCUUCCGCUCCCGUUUGCGCUCGCCGAAGCCCCGCUCCUGGCGUUUUGGCGACUGCAGCAGGAGCAACCAAUCAGUUUGCUCCUGCAACUCUUUGGCAGCCGCAACGCCCUCGCGGCAGACUCGCUGGCGGCGCCCAUGCAUGCGCUGGAUCUGCUGCACGAGAAGUUCGCGCACAGUCAGCGAACUGCGUUUCUCAGACACCGGCAGUCUGGCGAAACUUUAGCGGAAGUGGCUGACCGCCACGGAAACCUCGAGGCUCUCCUCGACGCAUUCAGAGUGUGUGCUCGCGCGGUGAAACUCGAGAACGAGUGCAGCGGCUGUCUCGUCUUGGACGCCCCGGAUUGCGCUCCAGCGGCGGGGAAGGCUUCUGCAGCCGCAGGAGGAAAGCUGCAGGGCGACGAGUCUUCGGCAGGCAACUGCGGCGGAGGCGUUUCCAGCGCGGGUGUGGCGCGAGAAGCGGUGCUGAAGGAAAACGUCGAGAGUGCUCUGCUGCGAGGAAUUCCACUGAGAAUCGGCGCCCUCCUGCCCGAGACAACCGCCCACUUUGUGGGGGAGCUGGUUCUCGGCGGUGUGGCCCUGCUGCAGCAUGGACCCAAGGGCACGUACGAGCCGCCGCCUCUUGGUUGUUCCAUUGAAGCUGUACGAAAGCAAUUCCUGACUGAGAAAAUGAUCCGGCAAGAGAAGCUUCAAACCCGAAGAAAGCUCGAAAAACUCGGAGAGAGCAGCAUGAGGGUGCUGGAAUUGAGGCGUGUCGUGGAAGACGCUGGAUCGCUGAUCGACUUCGAUAUUGAUCGGCGUGCUCCCAGCGUCUCAACGCUGUCUGACAGCACUGAAACCAGAGAGAGUGACGAACGUGACGCAGGUGUUUCGGCAGAAAGGACGCGGUCCUUCGACAAAAAGCUACUUCCCCCCGUGCCCCCCCGAGAAGGCUACCGUGCAGACAGCUCGCAUCUGGGAUCUGACUCAGAAGAUAGUGACGGCUGGAUGGAGGAUGAUGUGAGUCUUUUUGAAAUUAUGUCGGUGAGCACCAUGCUGCGCUGCGCGGAGCCACUACGACGAACCUUCCUGACGGAGGGAAGACUACUGGAGAACUUGGCCAGCUCCAGAUCGAAGGGAGGGAGGAGGGCGCGAGCGUUCAAGAAAAGGGCGUCUGCUUUCCCUGACGAUGCAAAGCUUGCCAAAGUCGCGGCGUCUCUGAGGGAUUUUCAGGCCGAACACCAGUCGAGGCUUUCCAUGAAGGUCUGA